AUGAGCGACCGUCGAUGUCAAGCAAAGGGAAUCUUGUGUGUACCCAAGGCGUCUAAAGUUCGUCGAGAUAAGAUUCAACAGCAUUUUUCGUCUUCAAAGAUGCCACCCUCCAGCCAAACAGAUGGACAGGAAGCGCAAUAUUCAUGUGGAACUUUGCCUCUUGUGGCAACCCCAAGCUCCAGUCGGUCAGAAAUGAGUGUUCAUCCAACUGUAUCUCACACCUGGAGCAAUGCUGAUCUUCAAGAUCAUUCGGGCCCGGAAUCGCAAACACACAUGUCACUGAACGACUUCUUACCACCUGGCACUGACGAGAUAGGUCCUUCUUUCGCAAUAGAUCGGUUUCCUGCGUUCUUCGAACAAGUAAUGCUUCCGGGCUUCGAAGCUUGCAACACGCUUCAAGAAACACAGCAACCUCGCGUUUUCGAUCUUAUGCAGGACAACGACAUCACUCCGUUUGACAAUGGCGUUUUUGGGACAGAUUUUAUGCCCGAGUUAGACAAUGUAUUCGACGCCACUGGCUCCCUUGUUGGGUUUGGCGAGAAUCACCCCUCGCCGCUUGACGAUCAAGAAUCCGCGAGUCGGCGUGCUGCCGCAUUCCAACGAUAA